UUUAGUUUAAACUUUACAUUUGGUAUGAUUGGAUCGGAUUGAGUGUUCGGUCGGACGUAAACUUGUCCCUUUUUUCGUUUUUUUUUUGUUUGCAUACGCGCAAACAUGCUACGUGUAGUAUUAAGUUGACGUGCAUUUGUUUCGUUCUUUUUUUUUUUUUCGUUCUCUUCUCUAAGUGUUUUUAAAAAUAAAUAUAAAAACAUCACUUAUGCAAAUUUCUUUCGGUUAUUUUAAAACAGAGAUAUAAUAAUAAUAAUAAUAACAAUAAUAAUAAAAAUAAUAUGUAUUGUUGUGUAUGAAACUGCAUACAGACGUGAAUAAAUAUAUAUCAUAAAAGGCAUCGUUUUUAAAAAUAUAUGUCGGAUUGUUCUAAACGUGUGUCAAAUGUUUAAGAGGCGAAAUCAACACGCUCUAGGUUCUUUAUUAAUAUUUGUGGCAGUAGCAGCAAUAACGAGACCAAAGAGAACAAGUGUAAUAAUAAAUAGUAAAGUUAAUUAUAAUUAUUUAAAGGCAAGAACAAGACGAAAAGGUAACACUGGUAGUCGCAAAAUAAAUGCAAACAAGUCUGCAACACCCUCACCCACGUCACCUUUAACACAAUCAUCUGCAUCAUCUCUACAAACAUCGACGUUUAAAUUGGUUUCAUCUUCAACGCCGGCCGCACUUGCAUCUAUAUACUCAAUUGUUACGCCAUCCAACGUGGUGGUCUUCUCUGUAGCCGUUGCCUCUUCAUCCAUCGCCUCUAUAACCACCUCAAUGUCACCUACUUCUCAGACACCGCCGUCAUCACGCACAUCUCUCUUUGAUUCCUGCCACCGUAAGAUACGUUUAAUUGGCGGCGGGCCCGUUGCUUUCUUGGGCGGCUUAGUUGCAAAAGCUCGUCGCAAAGAACGCGAUGGCGAUCAAAAUUCAACAGAUACCAAAUUAUAUUUGGAAGAAAGCGUUUUAGAACGUAAGCUACCUGAAGCCGAUCUCAAAGCUCUAGUUGAUCUGCCGGCCGGCCUAGAUUAUAACGAAUGGCUCGCUUCACACACUUUGGCUCUAUUCGAACAUGUGAAUUUGGUUUAUGGUACAAUUAGUGAAUUUUGCACACCUUCGGGUUGCGCCGACAUGACGGGACCGGGAAACAGAACGUACUUAUGGUUCGAUGAGAAAGGCAAAAAGACUCGUGUAGCGGCUCCUCAAUAUAUCGAUUAUGUGAUGACGUUUACGCAGAAGACCGUUAGCGAUGAGUCGAUAUUCCCAACCAAAUAUGCUAACGAAUUUCCCAGUUCGUUUGAGUCGAUUGCCCGUAAAAUUUUACGCUUGCAAUUUCAUGUGAUAGCACAUCUCUAUGCGGCGCAUUUUCGAGAAAUUGCGUUGCUGGGUUUGCACACGCACCUCAAUUUAACUUUUGCCCACUUGACUGCCUUACAUAGGCGAUUCAAUUUGAUUGAUGAAAAGGAAACGGACGUUUUGCGUGAUUUGGAAGUGGCUUUAAGAUUAACAGAUGACACCAACUCCUCCUCUACAACACAAGUCGACCAUGAGACGGCAAGUGCGAGUGAAAGCGGUGCUAAGACAGCAGAGGAUGUCAAUUUAACUACAGUGCAACACAAUAAUAUAGCACCGGCAGGGGUAGCGGCAUCGCUUAUAGAUAGCAAUGUGACAGCAACGCUUCCCAUUUGCACACAACCAGAAGCGGCAAUGAAAACGCAACAGCAACCGUUUGGAGGUGUUGCGGGUGGCGGCGGAUUAAUGGGCGGCAUUCUGGGUGAUUUGAGUACCGGUGAAUUUGGUUAUUGUACUUCAGCAGUUCCUGCUUCCUCCUCCAGCAAUUCCUCCCCUUCUUGCACCAGCCACAAUGCCUGCAAUGCGACGGCCGAUCAGUGCGGCGGCACUUCAUCAUCGAUGUCCAUUACGGCAAACGGGAAUAAUGGGGCGGGCGCUGGCGCUCUCUAUUUAAAUUUUCACAACAGCAACAAUAAUAAUAAUCAUCACCAUCAUCAUCAUAAUAAUCAUAUUCCCCAUCAUAUUCAUCAUCAAAAUCACUACGCGCAGAACAGUGGCCUCAUACAGUGCAAUGCCAGCAAUGCUCCUAGUUCGGUGGCAACCACUUCGACUACAACAGCAUAGCUGCUCUAACCGCUUGCUCUCAUAAUGCAAAUGCUAACGAAUACGUUGACGAUUGUUAUUGCGCGACUGCAAUAUUGUGCACUACACUCCUUAAACUUCCUUACAGUUACAUGAAUACACUCACACUCACUUAAAAAAGAAAAAAAGUGAAAACAAAAAAAA